UUCACUUUCUUUUCAGAGCUCGUGGAGAAACGUCCGCUGCUGCUGCUACUUUCAUUCUCACUAAAUUAAUCUAAAUUCAACAAGAAGACAAAAAAGAAGAGACGUAAAGAAAAGGUAGAAGUGCGUUACGGCUGUGUAUAACUGGCUUCAUUUGACUAACUCAGUUACCUGAGAUUCUUUUUUUCUCUGACAGGUCAUGGCUGACACGAAUAUCAAGGCUGAUCUGGAGGAGGACAUUCAAUUCCAGGCUGCCAAGAAAGAGCUGGAGACAUUGAAGCUCAAAGUAGAGAAAGCUGAUGAUGUGAAAUCCAGACUCAUUGUGGAGAAACUGGAAGAAGAUGAGAUUAAGGAGAAGGCCAAGCAGGAUUUGAACGAUUUGAUCAAAAAACAAGACGACUGUAAGAAAGAAUUCAAUCAGAGCAUGAACAUAUUGCAGGACGAUAUCUCAAAUCUUGUGAAACGCAAACAGGAUUUGCUGGAAAAACUGAGGAGAUGUCAGGCUGAGCUGGAGGCCAAGAAGGUCAAUUCCACCGAACUGAAGCAGAAAUUCAAGAUCUCUGCCCCCAUUCUAGACACAGAGGUAAAGUUCGUCGCUGAGCAUGAAGAGAACAAUGAUGACGACAGUCAUUUAAUCAGAGGAGUAUUUGACAUCAGCCAGACACCCUCAGUGCUCCUGCAGGGAGGACAAGCACUCAUCACGUUUGAGGAGAAGGAAGUGGCCUCUCAGAUCAUGAGGAUUGCCAUGUGCUCUGUGUCUUGUGAGGACAUGAAGGUGGACGUGAUACCAAAAAGUAUAAUCAUGGGUCCUGUUGUGAAGUUUGAGGUCCACCUUGAUGUCUUCAGAAAUAUGCUCCAGGUUUCCAACAUCCCGCCCUCCAUGCCCCAGGAGAGAAUGAAAGACAGACUGGAGAUGAGUUUUUCUAGACCUAGCAGAGGAGGAGGAGAGGUGGAGAGAGUGACCUAUGAUAAGAAGACUGGCACGGCAAACAUCACGUUUCUCCAUGCUGGAGUUGCUGAGCCUCUGGCCCUGAGAGGAAAGUACCAGUUGAAUCUGGACAGGGAAGUAGAUGUGCAAGUUAAACCUAUUUACGAACAUCAGCUUCGUAAGUUUCAGACCUUUUGCUGCUCUCCAAAUCGCACCAUCCUCCUGGACGGCAUCAAGGACAUCGUAGACGAGGAGGACCUGCAGGACUACCUGGAGAUCCACUUCCAGAAGACCUGCAACUCUGGUGGAGAGAUGGAGAGCAUCCGGUAUGUAUCUGCGGGGAAUGCUCUCCAGGCUUUCUUCUUUGAGGACAACUUAGAGAGAGACGAUUGACAUUCAUCAGGCAGGAGUCAGAUCUCAGACAGCUUCAGCGUUCCUCCACUGUUUGUUAUAGAAAGUUGUAUAAAUUCUGUCAGGCCCAAACUGAUAUUACUGUCCAACUGAGAGUCAGACAAGAAGAUGCAGUGAUUUCUUCUUCAUACAGAGAAACAGUGGCUUUCAGCAUGUUAUUUUAAAAAUGCACCAUCACACACACUCCCUCAUGUCCCAAUACUUCAUCUGGAGAAGGUAAUUAGCAACAUCACACCCCAAUAAUAUUUCUGCAUCAUCAGUAUCAGCAAGAGUUAAAUAUGUACUGAUUACAAUAUACAUUAUGCAAAUGAAAUUAAAAUGUAUACAUGUACAAUUCUGUAUGUACAAAUGCAGCCACUAGAGUUUAAAAUGGGUACUGUAAUUAAUUUUGAUCUUUCAAUCCAUAAAUACUCAAUGCCAAGUGAUUUGAAAAUCUUUAAUGGUGAUAAUAUUUUUGGCCAAAUGGUCUGGCCCUAACCAUAACUGGACGUGGAUUUCUUGCUCUGCUUCACACACAUCACAUUUCUCAUCUAUAAUCACAGUACAUUGUAACUUUUUAUGACUCAGACUUGUAUGUUCUGAGUUAAUUUUGACUCAGCAUAUUAUUUUAUAUUAUAGUAUUUGAAGGGAUUCUGAUGAUACUGUCUCUUUUGAAGGAUAAAAUAAAACCCUUGAUUUCA